GGAAGUGGGGGAGAGUGCGAAACAGAUGAAGAGAUAAACGUGUGUGUUGAGUCAGUUUCCGAAAAAGGGCGUCCUCCUCGUGUGUUCUCAUGUUUGCCUCGCCAGGGGAAGGGGCGGUCUCAGCUCCACGGCAGAUCCGGAAUUAACCCGUGUUCUCUUGGAUCGAUCGGUUUGUCGGUGAGCUCAGCGGCGUUGCGGUUCCAGCUGUCAUACACAGAGAGACGCACUUCUCGAUAAAACAUUUAAAAAGAAAGAGGGAGACGCCGGUUGAACUGAAAGCGUCGACCGAGGGGGAGGGACGACAAUCCGGAGCCGAAAAGAGGGAUUAAAAGAAGAAGAAGAAAGAAAGUAGAUCAAGGAGAAGGAGGAAAAGAUGCCGCUGGCUCAGUUGGCGGAUCCCUGGCAGAAGAUGCCGUUGGGGGGCACGGCCGGAGAGGAUGCACAUCAUGAUCCAGAGGACCAACUGGGUGAGGACGACUCAAUGUCUGCCUGCACUGAUGACAUGCCAAUCAAAGAGAUCAACAUCACUCAUCACGUGAAGGAGGGGUCAGAGAAGGCCGACCCGCGACAGUUUGAGCUGCGUAAAGUUCUGGGACAAGGCUCUUUUGGCAAGGUGUUCCUGGUGAGGAAGAUCACGGGACCAGAUGCCGGUCAGCUGUACGCCAUGAAGGUCCUGAAGAAGGCCACACUGAAAGUGCGUGACCGGGUCAGGACAAAGAUGGAGCGAGACAUCCUGGUAGAGGUCAAUCACCCCUUUAUUGUCAAGCUGCACUACGCGUUUCAGACAGAGGGGAAGCUCUACUUGAUCUUGGAUUUUCUCAGAGGGGGAGAUCUCUUCACUCGUCUCUCUAAGGAGGUAAUGUUCACAGAGGAGGAUGUGAAGUUUUACCUGGCAGAACUUGCUCUGGCCCUCGAUCACCUUCAUGGCCUCGGCAUCAUUUACAGAGACCUCAAGCCUGAGAACAUCCUUCUUGAUGAGGAUGGACACAUCAAGCUGACGGACUUUGGCCUCAGUAAGGAGUCGAUAGACCACGAGAACAAGGCCUACUCCUUCUGUGGGACAGUGGAGUACAUGGCUCCUGAGGUGGUGAACAGGCGAGGACACACACACAGCGCUGACUGGUGGUCAUACGGCGUACUCAUGUUUGAGAUGCUAACUGGAACACUGCCGUUUCAAGGCAAAGACCGGAAAGAGACGAUGACCAUGAUUCUCAAAGCCAAGUUAGGGAUGCCUCAGUUUCUGAGUUCAGAAGCUCAGAGUCUCCUCAGGAAUCUUUUCAAGCGUAACCCAGCCAACAGACUAGGAGCUGGACCAGAUGGAGUCGAGGAGAUCAAGAGGCAUUGCUUCUUCAGCAGCAUCGACUGGAACAAGCUGUACCGCCAAGAGAUCCACCCUCCCUUCAAACCAGCUGCAGGGCGACCCGAUGACACGUUCUAUUUUGAUCCUGAGUUCACAGCUAAAACCCCCAGAGACUCUCCGGGAAUCCCUGUGAGUGCUAACGCCCGCCAGCUGUUCAGAGGGUUCAGUUUCGUGGCUAUAACAGAGGAUGAAACACAACCAGUGCCCAAUACCAUUGUACAGCAGCUCCACAGAAGCACAUCCCACUUCUCAGAUGCCUACGAGAUCAAAGAGGACAUCGGCGUCGGCUCCUACUCCAUCUGUAAACGCUGCAUACACAAAGGAACUGGCAUGGAGUACGCAGUCAAGAUCAUCAACAAAGCCAAGAGAGACCCGACAGAGGAGGUGGAGAUCCUACUGAGAUACGGACAGCACCCCAAUAUCAUCACCCUCAAGGAUGUGUAUGAUGACGGCCGGUCAGUGUUCCUGGUCACAGAGCUGAUGAAAGGAGGAGAGCUGCUGGACAAAAUCCUUCGACAGAAGUUCUUCUCUGAGAGAGAAGCCAGCGCCGUUCUCUACACCAUCACCAAGACAGUGGAGUACCUGCAUGUACAGGGGGUUGUGCACAGAGACCUGAAGCCCAGUAAUAUCCUCUAUGUGGAUGAGAGCGGGAACGCUGAGUCCAUCAGGAUCUGUGACUUUGGCUUUGCCAAACAGCUGAGAGCGGAGAACGGCUUGCUCAUGACGCCGUGCUACACUGCCAACUUUGUUGCACCAGAGGUGUUAAAGAAGCAGGGUUAUGAUGCAGCCUGUGACAUCUGGAGUCUUGGAGUCCUACUGUACACAAUGCUAACCGGCUUCACUCCGUUUGCUAACGGUCCAGAGGACACACCGGAGGAGAUUCUGGCUCGUGUUGGUAGUGGGAAGUUCUCGCUCAGUGGAGGAUACUGGAACUCUGUUUCUGCUGAGGCUAAGGACCUGGUGUCUAAGAUGUUGCACGUAGACCCCCACCAGCGGCUGACGGCAGGUCAGGUCCUCAGACACCCGUGGGUGACACACAGAGACCAGCUGCCCAAAUACACCCUCAACAGACAUGAUGCACCGCACCUGGUCAAGGGCGCCAUGGCAGCCACCUACUCAGCCCUGAACAGGAACGUCUCUCCAGUCCUGGAGCCGGUGGGCUGCUCCACACUGGCCCAGAGGAGAGGGAUGAAGAAAAUCACCUCCACCGCUCUGUGACUUUUAACCCCUCCUUGACCCCCUCACCUCCUGUCAAUUCUGACCUCAUCCUGACCUCUGCUGGACCACCCCUUCCGCUCCCUUUCUCCGGUCCACUUUGGCGGGACAGACUACUGAUGGACCUGUGAACUGCUAACGCCAAAUAGGAGCACAGAGAACACGGCUGACCCCUCCCCUGCCUGUCUGAUUGGGUCUCUUCUGCUGUCUUACUGUACAGUCUCACCUUCAGCGUCACUGUUUGACAGAGCUGUUAACCUGUCAUCUCCUCCCGCUGCGGACACAGAGUCCUCCUGCCACGUUUUGGCUUCGGACAAUCAGCGCUGCCUCAGACACAGAGACAGUGUGCCGGUCAGGGAAAUGGGCAUACUGUAUUUAUUUACUUCAAAUGGGGAAAUCAGAGCAUAGGAACAUGGUAAUGUAAUAUAUGCAUUCAAAGAGCUGGGAUCAUUGACAUUAGGUUUUGCAUAGCAGUAAAUCCUGCAUUUAAACCUCAAAUAGCCUCAAGGUAGUGGCAUCUGUAGAAAAAGACUAAGUUCAGGACCCGAUUAAUAUUCAUCGAGCCUUGGAAGGUAGCUGUUUGCGUUUGAGAUUUACUUGGAGAAUCUGAGAGCAGAAGUGUCAGAUCUAAAUUUCUGGAGUUUCUGGGAUAAUAUGCCACAGAAGCUGGGUUUUGUUAGAACGUAUCAGACCUAGUCAGGACUUCCUGACAUUACACAAAGUUCAGUCAAAUUCACUGAAGUGUAUUGCAUUUUUUAAAACUCAGAACUCUGAAAAUGAGGGUAAACUGCUUGUUCUUUUUAACUGACAGGGAGAUUUUAGUGUUUGAAAAUCUGAUUAAUAAUCAGUUCAUCAUUUUGCUUAAUAACUGUCAUAAAACUGUACUAAAUGCCUGCAGUUCAAAACCCACAUCGGCCAAGCUGUGGAUUUUGGCUUUUUGUUUCUUAAAUGACUGAAAACUAAUAAAUGUUCUGCCAGUCAGCUAAUUAUCAACAUCGAGCAUUCAGGAGCGAUUAAGAGAUGACGUUACCAGAAAGAAUGAUCCACCUUAUCAGACAUCUGUAAAGCAGAUUAAGACGCUUUGCUUCUCCAGGCACUGCAGGGUGCAGUUUUCAGGCUAUUAAAACAAUAAAACAAGGCAUAAUUUUACAUAGAUCCUUGUGCCGCUUUAAGACAUGCCAGUAAAUUGAAAUUUGAUUUGAAGAAGCACCUGGAGGCUUAAGGGACUCUGAAAGCAGAUCUGUCCUGAGGAGAUGCUGACAGUUGCACAACAAAUGAACUUCGGUCCUGUUGAGGAGUCACAUUUAGGCCCAGCACAAGAUAAGAUGUUGUGGAAACAAGGUGACACGGUGAAGUAACAAGCUCUGUGAGGACAAAACGUUGGGGUGAAAAAGGUGUGAGAGCUUCCUGCUUCCAGACGCUGAUGUGAAAACGCUUGAGCCCAGAAGGACAUCUACCUUCCACCUGAGCCACCAAUUGUCUGUGUGUGCAGCCGACAGUGAGCUGAACUGUAACUACAAACAUGGCGAGCAACUCAGGUUUCUACGAAUCAAGACCAUGCAUUUUUAUUCAGGAGGAGAGGGCGUAACAUACAAAGCACACAGAUUUGGGUGUCGGGAGGCGAGCAGACCACAACAAGGCAUUUAGAGAUGUGUUCCAAAACUUUAUUGAUCUCUUUUAUCUUUGUGUCUUUAUUUUUGACUUAUAGUCUUAAAUUUCCACCUUGUCUUGAGACAUCUUGUUUUCGAAACUCUUCUGUCUGGUCUGUAAAUCUAUGGGUUUGGUGAGUCGUGGCAUCGUUUCUGCUACUGAUCCAAAUGUAAACCCUGUCAGUUACCUGUGCUCAGUCACUCAGCAGCAUAUGGUUGCAUUUAACAACAGGCUUGAAACCUUCUUACAAUCACACUCGGCACCACUGCGAAGGCAAAUUAAAGGGUUCAUUCACCCAUAAGCUACGUUCACAUUACAGGCCUGACUUCUCUGCACAGCCUGUUGUCAUCAUUCUGUGUCAGCCCCUCAAAGACCGGUAACAAUAAACAUGGAGAAGAGCGACGACAGCAACGGGGUCAGUGGAGAGACCAGGACGUUUCACAU